AAAAUGUCUACUUUCGAAAAGGUUGUUGUCAUCGAUGGUAAGGGUCAUCUUCUCGGUCGUCUUGCUUCCAUCAUUGCCAAGCAAGCCCUCAAUGGUCAAAAGGUCGUUGUUGUCCGUUGUGAAGAAUUAAACGUCUCUGGUGAAUUUUUCCGUAACAAGUUAAAGUACCACGCUUAUCUCAAUAAGCGCUGUGUUGUCAACCCUCGUCGUGGUCCCUUUCACUUCCGUGCGCCCUCUCGUAUCCUCUAUAAGGCUAUUCGUGGUAUGAUCCCCCACAAGACUUCCCGUGGUGCCGCUGCCUUGGACCGUAUCAAGCUCUUCGAAGGUGUCCCUGCUCCCUAUGACCGUGUCAAGCGUAUGGUCGUUCCUGACGCUCUUCGUGUCCUCCGUCUUAAGCCUGGUCGCAAGUACACCACCAUCGGCCGUAUCUCCCACGAAGUUGGUUGGAAGUACCAAGAUGUUGUUGCCAAGCUCGAAGAAAAGCGUAAGGCCAAGUCUGCUGCUUACUAUCAACGCAAGGUCGCUCUUGCCGCCAUCCAAAAGAAGGCUGCCGAUGCCAAGGCUGAUGCUGUUAAGGAUAUCAAUGCUUCUAUUGCUGCCCUUGGUUACUAAACUUUUUUUUGAUGAGGAAAAGAAAGGAAGACGAGAAAUAAAAUGUUUAUUUAUAUAUUAAGGGUAUACAUGACGCUUCAAUUUCCUGUUGAAGGACGUCUCAAUUUAACUUUAUUCAAUUGAGAAUCUACUUCUCCUAGCAUUUCUUCCAACUCAUUCUUGCGUCUUUGUGAUCUCAAUAACCGUUUUGGAAGAUCACUAGACUGUUUAUAUAAAAGUGU